CUGCCGGUACUUGUCUAUCGGCUGCAUUUCGAGGUCACUACUUGUGACAACCGUACUUUUUCGUAAAAGAUACUACAUGUACCACGCACCGUAUACUUCACGAACUGUAACAAAUUGUUACAAAAAUAUAGCGAGCGGUUGGUUGGCGCGUGCAAGAGAUUAUCCGAAGGGGUUUUGUACAAUAUAAAUGAAACGGUUCACAAUUGCUUUAAGUUAGUGGUUUCGCAGCUCUGGUAGGUGGACACAGUCUCAACGCAUAUUGCAGAUUAUUUGGAUAUUUCGCCCGAACUAAGCAUCCUUUUAAGUUUUUAUUUCAAAAUGCGGUUAAUGCUUGUCUUGAUUUGGGUGACCGUAACCACAGCGUCGACUAUACAUUAUACACCCAACGAGAUACUGCUAGCCAAAUUAGAGAGUGCAACGCUAGAUAAAAAGGACACGGCACCGGCUAACACGCAAUAUCACGAACAGGAUUCAAAUGGUUUUUACUCGUACGGCUACAGCGCUGAUCAAUCUGCCAAGGCUGAGUACCUCUCACUGGACGGUUCAUCGCGCGGAUUUUAUUCGUAUGUUGAUGCAAAUGGAAAGUUGCAAACAGUGAAGUAUGAGGCCGGGCGAAAUCAGGGUUUUAAGGCUGCCGCCACCAACUUACCAAAAGCACCUAAAAAUCCUAAUAGGUUUGCACCCUUGCCGGUAAGAGAUACGCCUGAAGUACAGGAAGCCAAGAAGGCUCACUUCGAAGCAUACCGGGAGGCAGAACUGAGAGCGGCGUUAGCGUCACAAAAUGAAGAUGUACAACUAGGUGAACUUGGCUUAGAGGGGCAGCAGAAGUCUGAACGGCCACAACAAGAGGUGGCGAAUAUAUUGGAAAGUACAAGAAGUAAAAUAUUAGCAAUAUUGUCAGAAAGUGCUAAUGACGAUAAUAAUAACUUGAAUGUUGAGGCAACUGCUGAAAUAGGUGUUGGUGCAGCUCAGGAUCAAGAAGAAGAUACAGAAAAUACAGAUGGAGAUAAUGAUAACGGACUAAUAACCUUAGACAAUCUGCAAGGCACACAAGAUGAUAGUGAAGGUAAUGAGGAUGAAAGAAACGCUAAUAGUGGAAACAAUGUUGCCAUUGAAAAUGGCGAUAGUGAAAAUGAGGCUGGUGAAUUGUCUAUUGCAGACCGGCAAAUGACGACUUAUAAACUCAGCGAUUUGCUAAAUCCAAUCGAACAACUUAACUCGCGCGCAUUGUACACAUUCGAGGGCGAUGGUCAAGGACUAACGCAACUACAAGAUAAAUCAGACUUAGCUUUACGGCAGCCAAAGCUCACUACCAUCGAAACUGUUCGCGUGCCAGUGCACUCGUAUUAUACAGUUUUAGCGCCGACUACCAAAUACACAGUUAUUACACCCACAACACACCAAUUGGUUCCCCGAGAGGAGGCACUGAAACGCGGUCAAAGUCUGCCGAUUUCCCUGAGCAGUUCUUUCUUGUCACACCGUUUAAGAUCGAAGUAAGACGCACACUUAUAAAAGAUUUAUCAGCGAGGACGUAAGAAACAAUGUUUGAAUCAUUUUUGACUAGAGUUAACAUUUCCAUACAUUCGUAUCACGAGUUUCUUGUUACUUUCGAAUGUUGCAUUACAUGUAUUACUAUCAUAUUUCACAUUUAUUAUUUAACAUGUACAUAAAUGAUUAGCUACACUGUGGGAGAACGUACAUACAUAUAUAUGUAAGUUGUGUAUAUACACAUGUAUGUGUGUGCAACGGAUUGAUUUAGUUUUAAAUAUUUACACAAUUUUGCAAAGCAAACAAUGUAUAUAUACUAUUUAAUACACUUAAAACCUAUUAAAUGAUAGGCUUCAGAAUAAGCAAACUGGUUUCUUAAAAUAUCUUUAUUUGCUUUAUUGCUAAUGUUUUAUAUACUUACUUAUUCUGCACGAGAAAUAAAUGAAUUUCGAC